UAUGGAUCCAUUUUAUGAGGAUUACAUGCCUACAACAAACAAUAAAGAUGUAAUAGAUAUAUAGUAUGAAAUUAGAUAAAAAUAUAUCGUAAUGGUGAUUCAAAUUUAUGUUGCACUAUUACAAUAAGAGAAAAUACAAAAUUUCAUGAAAUUCGUAAAUCAUUGCAAUAAAAAUGGGACACUUAUUUUAAUCGUCUUCGUUUAUUCAAUUAAGAAGGAGUAGAAAUAACUGAAGAUGAUCUAGAUUAUAUAAAAAAUGGAACUGUAUUAUUUGCUUCUAAAGGUAUUAUUUAAAGUCAAUAUUUUAAUAGGUGAAGAAUUUGAUGAAAGUUUUUAAUUGGCAGAAUAUGAACAACUACAAGAUAUUGGAGAAGGAGGAUUUGGUAAAGUUGUUUUAGGUAGACAUAAACAAACAGGAGAAAAAGUAGCAAUCAAAAUGGUGAAAUAAACAUUAACUAAUGCUUAAGUAAUAACAAAUUUAAAUUUAGGAUGUUGAUAUGAUUUUUAGAGAAGCUAGAGCUCUUAAAUCUUUAAAACAUGAUAACAUUGUAAAGAUUUAUAAUGCAUUCUUUUUAUAAAAUUUAUAAACCGUGUAUAUAAUGGAAUAUUUGGAAGGUGGUGAAUUGUUGUAAUAUUUAUAAACUAAAGGGAAAUUCGAGGAAAAUGAAGCAAGACAUUAUUUUAAAUAAUUAGUUAGUGCUAUAUCAUAUUGUCACUAAAAGAAAAUAAUACAUAGAGAUUUAAAAUUAGAAAAUUUAUUGUUAACUAGUAAAGAUUCAGGUGUUAUUAAAUGUAUUGAUUUUGGUAUCUCUGGAUUUGCUUCAAAUGAUAACCCUGAAAAUGCAGAUGCAGGUAGUCUUCGAUAUAUGGCUCCAGAAUUAUUAAAAGGUAAAUUUGUAUGAUGUAUUCAUUUAGGAAUGGAUAAAGCUGUCUCUCCUUUAGUAGAUGUAUGGUCUAUGGGUAUAAUAUUAUAUGGAAUGUUAUUUGGUACACUACCAUUUACUGGUAAUACCAAUAAGGAAAUUAUCGCUUAAAUCUCAGAAGCUCGAGUAAUGAUCCCAACAGAUUUUAAUAAUAAAUUGUCUCAAAAUUGCUAAGACUGUCUAUAACGCACUUUAGAGCCAGAUCCAAAAAAGAGAAUUACUUCAAUUGAACUAUUAAAUCAUCCAUUUGUUACAAAUGAAAACACUCUUAGCACUAAUUCGAAUAGUACAAAUAAGUAAUUAAAUUGAUUCUAAAUCUUAAGAACUAAAAUUUAAACCUAAUUAUAGCAAAUUGAUGAAGAUGAUAAUCCUGUUGUCAAACAAGUUUAAUCAACAACCAAUAAAAAAUAAAAUCUUCAAUUUACAAAACAACAUCCUUAAAGUUCUAGAUAAUUGGUUUAGACCCAAAAAAAAACACCUUAACCAUCCCCUUUAUUAUAAAAGCAAUCAUAAUCAGUUGGCUAAACAACAAAAUAGACUAAGUUUAGUAAAAAAUGAU